UCUGACACCGAUUAGCUGGUUCGGUCCGAUUUCGAUCUCUUCUCGUCAGUCCGGUGCAGUUAUGGCCGAUUUUUAGUUUUUUUCUCAGUGUCAAAUCGUCCACCCCUAAUCUUCAGCGCCCUAUGCAUUCUCAAGAGAAGCUCGAUCUGAUGUGAUCCAGGUUCUUGUGGUUGUCCACUGGUGAUGCUGGAUCAAACAAGAUUUGAUUGUUUCUGUAUCGAUCUCUCAUGGAAAAGAUCGAGCACAAGUAUGUGGAAGUAGGAGGACUAAAGCUUCAUGUAGCUGAAAUUGGAAGUGGUCCAAAGGUGGUGCUUUUCCUGCAUGGAUUUCCAGAAAUAUGGUACUCGUGGAGGCACCAAAUGGUUGCUGUUGCCAACAAUGGCUACCGGGCAAUUGCCUAUGAUUGCAGGGGAUAUGGACUUUCUGAGCAGCCAGCUGAGCCUGAAAAGGCUACUUUCAAUGACCUUGUUGAAGAGGUUCUUGGCCUUUUGGAUUCUUUGGCCAUUAACAAGGCUUUCCUUGUUGGUAAGGAUUUUGGAGCUAUGCCUGCAUACAUAGUAGCUGCUCUCCAUCCUGAUCGAGUAGCUGGUCUUAUAUCACUAGGUGUUCCUUUUAUGCUACCAGGUCCGACUGCUGUCCAAAAUCAUCUUCUUCCUGAAGGUUUCUAUGUAUCAAGGUGGCAGGAGCCAGCUGGGAGGGCAGAAGCAGAUUUUGGCCGCUUUGAUGUUAAGUCAGUGAUAAGGAACAUCUACAUUCUCUUCUGUGGAAGUGAGGUUCCAGUAGCUGCUAAGGAUCAAGAGAUCAUGGAUUUGUUUGAUCCAUCUAUUCCUCUACCACCAUGGUUCUCUGAAGAAGAUCUUUCAGUCUAUGCAUCUCUUUAUGAGAAGUCUGGAUUCCGUUUUCCAUUGCAAAUUCCAUACAAGAGUUUAGCAGUGGACUGCGGUUAUACUGAUCCAAAAGUCUCUGCUCCAACACUGCUUGUCAUGGGUGAGAAAGACUACAUCUUAAAGAUUCCGGGGUUUGGAGAUUACAUACGAACUGGGGCAGUGAAGCAAUUUGUGCCUGAUUUGGACAUUAAAUACAUUGCAGAAGGGAAUCAUUUCGUGCAAGAACAACUUCCAGAGCAAAUUAAUCAGCUAAUUCUCACUUUUCUUGGAAAACAUGGGAUCUGACUUUAUAUUUCUCUACCUGCCUGGAGAAUUCAAGGAAGAAAAUUAAUGUUCUGUUAGUGUAUGUUAAUUACAUUGAAUAUUUGGGAAAAAAGAAACUACUUGCUUUGUUAAUAAAUCUUGUGAUCUCCAUCUGAUUUGCUACUUGUUCUGAAAACUAUGUUUAUGAACUAUGAUUUCCUGUA